AUGAGGACAGCUGCCGCAUAUGGUCUGGAGUUUCAGGCCCGGACCAUCGCACCGUUUUACCACCCGACAAAUGGAACCAUUGAGGCGCACCGCUUCCUCGUGGGAACAUCGUGUUUCGCGGGGGGAAACAAGAUUCACCUGCUCGAGUACCAGGACGAAACCAAGCUACUCGAGUGUUCGGCGGUUUGGUUUCACGACGAGGAGGUGUUUGGGCUCUGGAGCUCGCCUUCACUCACGGAGCCCAGUUUGCUUGCUGUGAGCUCGCCGUCCGCGUCACGCGUGUUCCGCGUGCCCGAGACCCUUUCCGGCGAGCUGGCGGAGGUUGCGGACCUUGGCGCUGCGGCCACGCAGGUCCUGUGGGACCUGGAGGGGCUGCAGAAUGAGGUGUAUCUGACGGUGGGCAACGCCGUGCGGGUGUGCGCGCUUGGCGGCGGCGGCGGAGGAGGAGGAGGUGGUGGGGGCGGCACGGUGGUAUCGAGCUUUGAUAUUGAAGGCUGUGCGCGCAUCACGUACGCCGCCCUAGACCCUCACCACUCCUCGGUGUGCGUUGCAGCGGCUGAGGGGCUCGGGCUCCACCUGGUUGACACACGGAAGAAGACGCCCGUUCUGAUUGCUGGCACGUCCAAUCUGCAUGGGCUGGGCACAAUUCGAUGUGUGGACUUUAGUAGCUGCCAGACGAAUCUCUUAUUGACGUCUGGCGAUGAUGGCUUUGUUUUGUGGCAUGAUAUACGCAUGACCAAAGCCCAGUACACGGCUGAGAGGAAACGUUAUUUGGGAGCCCACGAUCACGCUGUCCAACGAGCGCUACUCAAUCCGUUUCACGAUGAACUGCUGAUCACAUGUAGCUCCGACCACACAAUGAUGUUGUGGGACACUACAAAGAAGGAUGUGAAUGAAGAACAGGCAGUGUGCUUGAAGAAACUUACCGAUUUUGGAGACUCUGUGGUGAGUGCGUGUUGGAGCAGCAGUGGCCCCUGGGUAUUUGCGGGUGUGUCAUACAAUGGCAAGGUCCUUGUGGAUGACGUACCGAAAGAGAAGAAAAUGGGAAUUCUCUUGAAGGACAGCUGA